GCUGAAGCGGAAAGCCAAAGCACCGAUCAGGGACAACGCUAGCCACAUUAGGUGUGUUCCAAGAGAAUGUCAGGCAGCUUGAAAGAGAUCAGACUGCUUUGAAUUGUCAAUGGCCUCCACAUUCUCUGUUCACAGCUCAUUGCAAACUUAUUAUUCGACGGAUACCAGAUUCUACCGUGGCGCUUCCUUCGACGCUGUCUUGGAAAUUUCGUACACCUCGUACUCACGAAUCCUCCAAAGAGGCUGAGCAGUUUGAACCAAAAGAAGCUUACUCUUUCUAUCACCAACAUCACCACGACUCCGCGAACACUUCGAAUCGAUUGCGAACUUCGGAUUACACUAUUUAUCACAUUUGGAUGUUGGGGAAAGGGACAGCAUCGUGCUGAUUGCGACAAUUCUUAGCUGUUCUCCAGCAUGGCUGGGGCGCGUUCAAGCAACCGGAAUGAUCUCCUACUCGAUCUGGGUGAUGAACAACCAAUUUACAAUGAUGGCCAGCGGGCCCCUAUGAAUGACGAAGAUCUAUUGCGAGCAUACAAUGCGGAUCACGACGCUACACAACCUCGACCAUCAGUAUCUUAUGAUGACUUUGUAGGAGGAAGUGGAGAGACUCAACCCUCGAGGCCCUUACCUGGUGGACCAGGAACUGUUCCUGGAGCCGGUCCAUAUGCAUCGGGCACAUCAAAUAGGACAUACAGUCAGACCUCUGGACUAGGAAACUAUCAACGAUACGCAGAUGAUUUGGACGACUUCCCCGACGAUGGCCAAUCGAUGUACUAUCACCAAGGCGGGGCCGUCGCUGGUGAUGGAGCUGGCAUGGGAAAGCCCAGGAAUCGAAAUAGCGUGUUGAGUAUGGGUGGAGGAUUGAUGGGGAAAGCAAAGAGUAUGCUUGGAAUGGCACCGGAGUACUCGGAGAUGGACCUGCCUUUGACUGAAGCUGGAGGACGAGGCCGAAUAGACUCGACACCAGCCACGCCCAAAAUACCCGGGAAGAAAUUCGAUGUUGGCAAGUUCAAAUUUGGAUUUGGACGUGGAAAACCAGAUCCGUCAACAUUGGGACCAAGGAUAAUACACCUGAACAAUCCUCCUGCGAACAGCGCGAACAAAUAUGUGGACAAUCACAUUUCGACGGCGAAGUACAAUAUUGCAACUUUCGUGCCAAAGUUCUUGCUGGAGCAAUUCUCCAAAUUUGCCAACAUUUUCUUCUUGUUUACUGCUGCGCUUCAACAGAUACCGAAUAUUUCGCCUACAAAUAGAUACACUACGAUUGGACCUUUGAUCUUGGUGUUACUGGUUUCGGCGGGUAAAGAAUUGGUGGAGGACUACAAGAGAAAGACCUCAGACAAGACUUUGAAUAAUUCAAAAGCUCGUGUCUUGAAGGGGAGCCAAUUUGAAGAGACGAGAUGGGUGAACGUUGCAGUAGGUGAUAUAGUGCGUGUGGAGUCAGAAGAGCCGUUCCCGGCAGAUAUCGUUCUGCUUGCCAGUUCAGAACCUGAAGGUCUAUGUUAUAUCGAGACGGCAAAUCUUGAUGGAGAGACCAAUCUCAAAAUCAAGCAAGCUAUCCCGGAGACAUGUAUCAUGGUUAGCUCGAGUGAUUUGAGCAGACUAGGUGGACGACUACGAUCAGAGCAGCCUAACAGCAGUCUUUAUACCUACGAAGCAACUCUGACUGUAGCUGCUGGAGGAGGUGAGAAAGAGCUUCCGCUUCAACCAGAUCAACUACUCCUUCGUGGAGCAACACUCCGAAAUACUCCUUGGAUUCAUGGAGUUGUUGUCUUCACUGGCCAUGAGACAAAACUCAUGCGAAAUGCCACGGCGACACCAAUCAAGAGGACAGCGGUCGAACGUCAACUCAACAUCCUUGUCCUUCUCUUGGUCGGUAUCUUGGUGGCCCUCAGCAUUAUAAGUUCUGUUGGUGACCUGAUCGUGAGAAGCUUCCACGCCUCGGAGUUGAGCUACCUUGGGUACUCAGUAUCAUCAUCGGCGCUGCAAAAAGUCCAACAGUUCUGGUCCGACAUCUUCACAUAUUGGGUCUUGUACUCGGCUCUCGUUCCCAUUUCACUCUUCGUUACUAUCGAAUUGGUCAAGUACUGGCACGCCAUUCUGAUCAAUGAUGACUUGGACAUGUAUUACGAGAAGACGGACACUCCUGCGGUGUGUCGUACUUCGAGUCUGGUCGAAGAACUGGGAAUGGUUGAGUACAUAUUCUCAGACAAGACUGGUACUUUGACAUGCAAUCAAAUGGAGUUCAAGCAAUGCUCCAUUAGUGGUAUUCAGUACGCCGAAGAGGUACCCGAAGACCGCCGCGCUACCUUCCAAGAUGGUGUUGAGAUUGGUAUUCACGACUUCAACAGAUUGAAGGAAAAUAUCAAGACACAUGAAUCGAGCGUCGCCAUCCAUCAUUUCCUAGCACUACUCUCAACUUGCCAUACCGUCAUUCCAGAAAGAUUAGAGGAGAAGGGCGGAGUCAUCAAAUAUCAAGCAGCAUCACCAGAUGAAGGGGCAUUGGUGGAAGGUGCAGUGUUGAUGGGCUACCAAUUUACGGCCCGAAAGCCAAGAUCCGUCCAGAUCACAGUUGAAGGCAAGGAGUACGAAUAUGAGCUACUAGCCGUAUGCGAAUUCAACUCUACACGAAAGCGAAUGUCAACCAUUUUUCGAUGCCCUGAUGGAAGAAUCAGAUGCUAUUGCAAAGGUGCUGAUACCGUCAUUCUCGAGCGAUUGAAUUCCGAUAAUCCACAUGUCGAAGCUACGCUCCAGCAUCUCGAAGAAUAUGCCUCUGAGGGUCUGCGAACACUUUGUCUUGCAAUGCGCGAGAUUCCGGAACAAGAGUUUCAAGAGUGGUGGCAAAUUUUCGAUAGGGCUCAGACGACAGUCAGUGGAAAUCGCGCCGAUGAGCUUGACAAGGCAGCAGAACUACUCGAGCAUGAUUUUUACCUUCUCGGUGCUACUGCUAUUGAAGAUCGUCUCCAAGACGGUGUCCCAGAGACCAUUCACACCCUACAGGAAGCUGGCAUCAAGGUCUGGGUUCUAACCGGAGAUCGUCAAGAGACUGCCAUAAAUAUCGGCAUGAGUUGCAAGUUGAUCAGUGAAGACAUGACACUGCUGAUCGUGAAUGAGGAAUCUGCAGCCAUGACACGAGACAAUAUUCAGAAGAAGCUCGAUGCAAUCCGGACGCAGGGUGAUGGUACCAUUGCGAUGGAAACAUUGGCUCUCGUCAUUGACGGAAAGUCUCUGACAUACGCAUUAGAGAAGGAUCUCGAGAAGAACUUCUUAGAUCUCGCUGUGAUGUGCAAAGCAGUAAUCUGCUGUCGUGUAUCACCUUUGCAGAAAGCUUUGGUCGUCAAACUUGUCAAGCGCCAUCUCAAAGCUAUUCUUCUUGCCAUUGGCGAUGGAGCGAACGACGUUUCAAUGAUUCAAGCUGCACAUAUCGGUGUUGGUAUUAGUGGUAUGGAAGGUCUUCAAGCUGCUCGGAGUGCCGAUGUGGCUAUUGGUCAAUUCAGGUAUCUGCGGAAAUUGCUACUCGUCCAUGGAGCCUGGAGCUACCAAAGAGUCAGCAAGACUAUUCUCUAUUCUUUCUACAAGAACAUCACCUUGUACAUGACACAAUUUUGGUACUCCUUCCAAAAUGCCUUCUCCGGAGAAGUCAUCUACGAAUCAUGGACCUUAUCCUUCUAUAACGUAUUCUUCACGCUCUUACCGCCCCUUGCGAUGGGCAUCUUUGAUCAAUUCGUUUCUGCUCGCCUACUCGAUCGAUACCCUCAAUUGUACCAACUUGGUCAAAAGAAUACCUUCUUCAAGAUGCAUUCAUUCUUCUCGUGGGUCGGGAAUGGAUUUUACCAUUCCUUGAUCUUGUACAUCUGUUCGGAGGGAAUUUGGUGGCUCGACUUGCCUCAAAGUGAUGGUAAAACCGCUGGACAUUGGGUAUGGGGUACAGCCUUGUACACCGCUGUUCUUGCGACGGUGCUAGGGAAAGCGGCGUUGGUCACCAACAUCUGGACGAAGUAUCAUGUCAUUGCCAUACCUGGCAGCAUGAUUAUCUGGAUAGUCUUUGUCGCAGUCUAUGCAACUGUGGCUCCCAAACUUGGGUUCUCGACGGAAUAUGAAGGAGUUGUGCCAAGAUUGUUCCCAAGUCCAAUUUUCUGGCUGCAAGGAUUGGUCCUACCUAUUCUUUGCUUGUCAAGAGACUUUGCGUGGAAAUAUGCCAAACGCAUGUACUAUCCUCAAUCAUAUCAUCAUAUCCAAGAGAUUCAGAAGUACAACAUCCAAGAUUACAGACCGAGGAUGGAACAAUUCCAAAAAGCUAUCCGCAAAGUCCGACAAGUACAGCGAAUGCGCAAACAACGUGGAUACGCUUUCUCACAAGCAGACGAGUCACAAACACGUGUAUUGCAAGCUUAUGAUACGACGAGGGAGCGUGGUAGAUAUGGUGAAAUGGCAAGUUCGAGGCCGGGUGGUAGAUAAUGGCUGUAUGAUCUUUGGGUACCAGUGUACUUGAUUGUUUAAAGUGUUUGGGUUUAGGGGGAGAGAAUACCUGUGAAUGAAAGGAAUGAAUGCAAAUGCUCAAAUGGUGUUUUGGGUGGUCCAUAGGUGCAUGGAUGUGUGUGAUAAUCCGAAGAUUUGCCCCCCUAAAGUCUAUCAUU